AUGUCUGGCCACUUCGCAGAUCCUGCUAAUACGAGAGUCACUAGCACAGGGAACGAUCUCACUCAGGAAUGCCCCAGUACUAAUGAGCUUAUUCCUGCACCACUUCCACCACGGCAAACAAUGUCUUACGCCUCAGCUAUGAAGAAUAGGGGAACAUCCCCCAGAGAUCAGACGUCAUCACAACAAUUUGUGAAUUCGGCCAUCUCUAUACAAACUGAUACUGGUAGUGACAGCGGUGUGGAGCUUGAAAGUGGUUCAACAACGAGUUCUGACUCGGAAGUUGCAUCAACUAAGGAUAUUACAAAUCCACUCAAAGACUGCCCAGUUACUACUACAGCAUCAUUACCAUUAAGUAGUGCAGAAGAUGAACUGCUUUCUGGUCUUUGUCUGGACUCGAACUGCAGAAUAUCGGCGGAACCUAUGGGAAAAAUGUGUGAGUGA